AUGAAGGCCGUCUGGAUUGCUGCCCUGCUCUUCGGUGCCACCGCGACCGCGGCUCCGGCCGCAAGCUCCAGCAACACAUCCUGCCACUGUCUCCCUGGAGACGCCUGCUGGCCGUCGGCUGCCAAGUGGAAUGCGCUCAACAGCACAGUCGGCGGACGGUUGAUCGCCACUGUGCCGAUCGGAUCGGUUUGCCACGAGCCCACCUAUGAUGCGGAAGCGUGCGCGCAGUUGCAGGAAGACUGGAAUCUGCCGCAGACUCACUAUGUCUCUUCUUCAUCGAUCAUGCAGCAGUUCUUCACCAAUCGCAGCUGCGAUCCCUUUGAUGAGGAUUCGUCGUGCGAGCUGGGCAACUAUGUCAGCUACGCUGUCGACGUCGCGUCAAGCGCUGAUGUCGUUGCUGCCAUUAAGUUCGCUCAGCAGAACAACAUCCGUCUUGUAAUUAAGAAUACUGGUCAUGACUACCUGGGCCGCUCUACCGGCGCGGGCGCGCUCUCUGUUUGGACGCACCAUCUCAAUAGCAUUGAGUACCUUGAUUGGUCCGACUCCACCUACUCAGGACCCGCCUAUAAAUUGGGCAGUGGCGUCAUGGGCUACGAGGUCCUCGAGGCCACCCAUGCCCAGGGCUAUGUGCUGGUCGGUGGCGAGUGCCCUACCGUCGGCCUGGCAGGCGGCUACACGCAAGGAGGAGGCCACUCGGCCCUGAGCACCACCUUCGGUCUGGGUGCUGACCAGACCCUGGCUUUUGAAGUGGUCACGGCCAACGGGCGUGUCGUUACGGCCUCACGCACGAAGAACACUGACCUCUACUGGGCCCUCAGCGGUGGUGGCGCCGGCAACUGGGGCGUCGUUCUCUCAGUCACUGUCAAGGCGUACAAGAGCGCGCCCGUUUCAGGGGCGUACCUGGCCUUCACCACCUCCAACCUGUCUGAAGACGUCUAUACCAAGGCUCUGACGCAGUUCCACGAGCUGCUGCCUGCCAUGGUCGACGCCGGAACGACCGUGAUCUACCAAAUCCUGCCCGGCUACUUCCUCAUCAAGCCAUUGACUGCGUACAACAAGACGACCGCCGAGGUCAAGGCUGUUCUCGCGCCCUUCCUCUCUGCGCUCGACGGUCUCUCUAUCCAGUACUCUGUCUCUUACACUGAGUACGAGACCUACUACGACCACUAUGAGAAGUAUAUGGGCCCUCUGCCAAACGGUAACCUCGAAGUCGGCACCUUCACGUACGGCGGCCGUCUCCUUCCCCGCUCGGUCGUCGAGUCUGAUGCUGCUUCUAUUGCUCAGGUUCUGUACAAUUUCACCUCGCAGAAUGUCGUCGCCGUCGGUGUAGGUCUCAAUGUCUCCAACACCAACGAUGUCGACAACGCCAUCUUUGCUCCUUGGCGCAAAGCCCUCGUCACUAUGCAGUUCGGUAUCACCCUCGGCAACGAGAAGCCCUGGUCCCAGAUCUUGGCUGAUCAGCAGACGGUCACUAAUGAACUUGCGCCCCAGCUUGAGGCUCUCACUCCUGGGUCCGGGACCUACGAGAACGAGUCCAACUUCCUCCAGCCGAACUGGAAGCAGGUCUUCUUUGGUGAAAACUACGAUAAACUAGCCAAGAUCAAGAAGAAGUGGGACCCCAACACCUUCUUUUACUCCUUCAAGGGCGUCGGCAGUGACUACUGGACCGUCUCCGAAUCUGGCCGGAUGUGCAAGGCCUGAGAGAAGAUGCCCGUGGUGGUGAAUGUCAUUAUGAUGUACUUUAUCCCCUUACGGCGACGGACUUUAAACUUAUAGAAUACCCAUAGACUUAAUGUGCUAAUAUACUUAAUGUGACCUGAAUUUCACUU